AUGCAACACCAGAUGGAUUCUCCAUUUCUUGGCGCAGGACGACCUCUACUACUCGGGAAUGAGUACCCUCUUUCUGCAGAUCCCGAAGAAUGGGGAACAAACCUGUCUCUAAAUCUGAAAGAAACAGACGACGACAUCCACGAGCCCAAGUAUGGCGUCAACCGCAGGCUCAUCGAAAGAGACGGACACAUGUUUUCUUGGCGAGGUCUGAUCAACCUUGGGACCCUGGUCUUCCUUUGUGCGGGGCUAGUCGCCUUCUUUUUCGGAUAUCCCAUCAUAUCGUACUUCACAUCCGUCAGAUACUCUACGCAAGGCGGCUAUAACCUCGGCGGGAUCAAUGCAUCGGGGCAGGUACCGUUGCUUCCGGGAAAUUAUGGUCUCAUCGACCUCACCACCCCCGAUUCGGCGCAUACCAAACCGUCCUGGAACGGCGGCGGCGAGAUGCAGCUGGUAUUUUCUGACGAGUUCAAUGUGGAUGGCCGCACAUUUUACCCGGGGGACGAUCCGUACUGGGAGGCGGUGAACCUGCACUACUGGGAGACGAACAACUUGGAGUGGUAUGAUCCCUCCGCCGUUACAACGCAGGGCGGCGAUCUGGUGAUUACACUCAGCCAGAAGAAUAUGCACAACCUGGAAUACCAAGGCGGUUUGAUGUCGUCGUGGAACAAGUUCUGCUUUACUGGAGGAUACAUCGAGGCAAACGUCUCGCUUCCUGGCGUCAACAACAUAGUCGGCUUAUGGCCUGCGAUAUGGACUAUGGGAAACCUCGGUCGCGCGGGUUACGGAGCAAGUCUCGAAGGCAUGUGGCCGUACAACUACGACGCCUGCGACGUCGGCACGGUUGCGAAUCAGAGCGUGAACGGCCACCCGGUGGCUGCUACGGUCAACGGCGACAAGAACAACGGCGGCGUCCUGUCGUACCUUCCGGGUCAGAAGCUCUCCAGGUGCACUUGCCCUGGUGAGAGCCAUCCUGGGCCCAAGCACAGUGAUGGGACUUUUGUUGGGCGGGCUGCCCCGGAGAUCGACAUGCUUGAGGCGCAGAUUACGGGUACGCCGCUGACAGGGCAGGUGUCACAAUCCGCUCAGUGGGCCCCUUUUAACGCCGGUUAUAACUGGCUGAACACCAGUGAAAACCAGGUCAUCCCGGAUCCCAGCGUCUCUGUGCACAACAUCUACGCGGGCGGUGUACUGCAGCAGGCGACGUCUGUCAUCACUGAUACCAACCCUGGGUGCUACGAGUAUGAACUUGGCUGCUAUGCUGUCUUUGGCUUUGAAUAUGUCCCUGGGUUCGAGAAUGCGUAUAUCGCCUGGGUAGCAAAUAACCAGGUCUCCUGGAUGCUGAACGUCGCAGGCAUGGCCGCAGACCCGCUCGCGCAGAUCUCCGCGCGUCCCGUCUCGCAGGAACCGAUGUACAUCAUCAUGAACCUCGGGAUGUCGUACAACUUCGGCGCUGUCAACCUCAGUGCGCUCCCGUUCCCGGUGCACUUGCGCGUGGACUACGUGCGCGUGUAUCAGCCAAAGGACUACAUCAACAUCGGGUGCGACCCGGAGGGCUUCCCCACUGCUGAGUAUAUCGACCAGUACAUCGAGGCAUAUACGGACCCAAACUUGACGACGUGGCGGAAAGACUACGGCCAACCAUUCCCGAAGAACUCGUUCCUCGGCGAAUGCUGA